AUGAUAGGAGGAAAGGUGAGGCUAGAUGGACUAAUUACUGAAUCUGUGCUGGCAAACAGAAGGGGAGGAGGGGAGGGAGGAGGGAUGGAGGGGGGUGGGGGGGGGGGGGGGCUGGCCGGUGACUGAGGUCUGUUUCAUUAUGGAGAUUUUCACUGCAGUGUCUCUCCAUCUCCACCCCUCCAUCCCACCGCCCCUUCACCCCUCCCUCCCUCCCUCCCUCCCUCCCUCCCUCCCUCCCUCCCUCCCUCCCUCCCUCCCUCCCUCCCUCCCUCCCCCAUCUCUCUUCUGGCCUGUCUUCUCCUCCUCCUUUUCCACCCCUCUCUUUGUUUUUCCCUAUAGCCCAGAACCUCUCUCAUAGCUAGCUCUCCCCCACUCCCCCACUCUCACGCUAACAAUAGAUUGGAGGCUGUUGAAGGAAGGGAGGCCUGAUGUGUUUCACAUGCAACACACACACACACACACACAAACACAUGUAUACAGUGUAUGUACACUCUUGGAUUUUUUUAUUUGCUAUCUAGAACCUAAAAGGGUUCUUCGGCUGUCUCCAUAGCAGAGCCCUUAGAAUAGCCAUUUUUGAUUCCAGGUAGAACCGUUUUGGUUCCAGGUAGAACCCUUUUGGGUUCCAUGUAGAACGCUUUCCACAGAGGGUUCUACCUGGAACCCAAAAGGGUUCUACCUGGAACCAAAAAGGGUCCUCCUAUGGGGACAGCCGUAGCAACCUUUUGGAACCCUUUUUUCUAAGAGUGUGCUGACAAAGUCCCAGUUCAGCUUAGUGUUUUUACGAUUUGAACAUCCGCAUUAUCAUGUUUCUGCAGCAGAACAAAACAAAAUAGCAGAUUAGCUUUAAGGAGGGAGAUCAGGAUAACAAACGGCUUAGCAAAGCAAUAGGGAUGUUUUUGAUCCUCAUUAUAUUAUACAGUAUAAGCAUUUCAUAUCAUUCACAGGCCCCUGGUGAAAGCCAACACGUUUUCUGUUUUUCUGCUAAGUGCAUCGUUCUGCUCUGUGUGGAGUACAUCUUUUGGAACUGUGCCCAACGGUAAUCAGACCUAAUGGAAAGCUUGUUUGCACCUGGCCAGCUCGGCGGUGUAAUUGUGACAGUUGAAAACCGUUUCAGUUAUUUGAAACCAAUUUCAGAUUACGAAAAACAUGGAGUCUAUUACCUAUUCAACUAUGUCAUAUCAGGACCUCAGGAAAAUGUCUCCAUAUACUCUGUAUUUCCUUGUCUGUAGCAGAAAUUAAUAACUGAACUCUUAAGCCAGUGAAUCAGUAGAUAUUGACCGGCGGUGAAAUUGUGACACUUGAAAACCUUUUCAGUUUAAAUGGGAAGUACAAAAACACUCUCUAUUCAGUCUAUUCAACUAUGUCAUAGUAGGACCUCAGGAAAUCAUCUUCUCUACACACUGUAUAUGAUUUCCCUGUCUGCUGCAGAAAUGUAUAACUGAACAUCCUAAGAACACUUCCAGAACUACCUGAAUGUGAGUUUAAAGCCAAUGAGUCAGUAGAUAUUGUCUGCAUCCCAAAUGGCACCAUAUUUCUUAUAUAGUUCACUAGUAGUACAGUAUGUAUAGGGUGUCAUUUGGGAAGCAGAUUAAGUGUUUAGGCCCAUUGCAGCUCAGAACAACACCAGAAUAGAACAGGAACGUGUUCCAGAAUGGAACCCCUAGCAGCUCAGAAGAGAAUAUUAACAUUUCAGGCUCUUGUGUCACAACUGUUAAACAUGUAUAAUUCAGUGAAGUGGAUGAUCCUAAAUAUAGUUUGGGGAAAAUAUGUGCCUAGGCAAUCUACACACAGAGAGCUAAGAAGGGAGGAGAGGAGCAGUAGAAAGGAGGGGAGAUAUGAUGAGAGGGGAGAGGGUGAGGAGGAAGGGAGAGGGGAAGAGAGAGGAAGAAGAUGAGAAAGGAGGAGAGGGUAUAGGAGAGUAGAGGAGCGAGUAGGACGUGAGGGGAGGAGAAAGGGAGAAGAUGAUAGGAGGAAAGGUGAGGCUAGAUGGACUAAUUACUGAAUCUGUGCUGGCAAACAGCAGGGGAGGAGGGGAGGGAGGAGGGAUGGAGGGGGUGGGGGGUGGGUGGGUGGGGCUGGCCGGUGACAGGUCUGUUUCAUUAUGGAGAUUUUCACUGCAGUCUCUCCAUCUCCAUCCAUCCAUCCCUCCGCCCCUUCAUCCCUUCAUUCCUCCAUCCCUCCAUCCUUUCACCCCUCCGUCCCGCCAUCCUUCCAUCCCUCCAUUUCUCCGUUCCUCCAUCACUCAAUCCCUCAAUCCCUGACUCGAACUCACUGAGGUCUGAUUGAAUCAGGAAAUCAGAUUGGCCUGCCGCAUGCCGCAGAGAGACCAUUUACCACACACACACACACACACACACACACACACACAAACACACACACACAUACACUGCUUUUUUUUCGUGAAAUUACAGGACUUUUUGGAGUGUAACAAUGUUUGACCAUUAAAAAUCACAUUUUCCCUAACUCCUUACCCUAAACCUAACCCUAACACUAACCCUACCCCUACCCCUAACCCUUAACUGUAACCCUAACCCCAAAAACCCUAACUCUGACCAGAAAACCUAACCCUAAUCUUAAACCCUAACCAAAAUCCACUCUCUCCUCCUCCUCCUCUUCCUCCCAUACUGGAGCCAGUAUGAAAUAUGUAUCAGUCUAAUGGGUUGGCCUGUCAUGUGAUCCUCCCUAGGGGGCAGCUGCCUGACCUAUUCAACCCCACCUAUUUAAAACAUCUCUCUCUAUAGCCACUCAAUGUCAAUACACACUCAGAAACACACUCACAAUACACACUGUCAAUAACACUAUCUCCAGCGCCUUCAGAAAGUAUUCAUACCCCUUGACUUAUUCCACCUUUUGUUGUAUAACAGCAUGAAUUUAAAAUGGAUGAAAUACACUACAUUGCCAAAUGUAUGUGGACACCCCUUCAAAUUAGUGGAUUCAGCUAUUUCAGCCAUACCUGUUGCUGUCAGGUGUAUAAAAUUGAGCACACCGCCAUGCAAUCUCCCUAGACAAACAUUGGCAGUAGAAUGGCCCGUACUGAGGAGCUCAGUGACUUUCAAUGUGGCACCGUCAUAGGAUGCCAACCUUCCAACAAGUCAGUUUGUCACAUUUCUGCCCUGCUACAGCUGCCCCGGUCAACUGUAAGAGCUGUUAUUGUGAACUGGAAACGUCUAGGAGCAACAAUGGUUCAGCCGCAAAGUGGUAGGUCACACAAGCUCACAGAACGGGACCGCCGAGUGCUGAAGCGAUUCUACGCUUCCAACUUUGUGGCAACAGUUUGGGGAAGGCCCUUUCCUGUUUCAGCAUGACAAUGCCCCCAUGCACAAAGCAAGGGCCAUAGAGAAAUGGUUUGUCGAGAUCGGUGUGGAACAACUUGACUGGCCUGCACAGAGCCCUGACUUCAAUCCAAUCGCACACCUUUGGGAUGAAUUGGAACGCCGACUGCGAGCCAGGCCUAAUCGCCCAACAUCAGUGCCCGACCUCACUAAUGCUCUUGUGGCUGAAUGGAAGCAAGUCCCCGCAGCAAUGUUCCAACAUCUAGUGGAAAGCCUUCCCAGAAGAGUGGAGGCUGUUAUAGCAAAGGGGGGACCAACUCCAUAUUAAUGCCCAUGAUUUUGGAAUGAGAUGUUCGACGAGCGGGUGUCCACAUACUUUUGGCCAUGUAGUGUAUUUCAUUUUUCUCAACCAUGUACACACAAUAGCCCAUAAUGACAAAGUGAAAACAUGUUUUUUUGACAUUUUUGCAAAUUUCUUGGAAAUUAAAUACAGAAAUAUCUAAUUUACAUAAGUAUUCACACCCCUGAGUCAGUACCUUGUAGAAUCACUUUUGGCAGCGAUUACAGCUGUGAUUCUUUCUGGGUAAGUCUCUAAGUGCUUUCAUUCUGGAUUGUGCAACUUUUCCCUGUUGAUUAUUUUCAAAAUUCUUCAAGCUUUGUCAAAUUGGUUGUUGGUCAUUGCCCAUGUUUUGGAAUAUUUGUAUUCUUCCUUCUUUUCACUGUCAAUUAGGUUAAUAUUGUGGAGUAACUACAAUGUUGUUGAUCCAUCCUCAGUUUUCUCCUAUCACAGCCAUUAAACUCUGUAACUGUUUUAAAGUCGCCAUUGGCCUCAUGUUGAAAUCCCUGAGCGGUUUCCUUCCUCUGAGUUAGGAAGGAUGCCUAUAUCUUUGUAGUGACUGGGUGUAUUGAUACACCUUUCAAAGUGUAAUUAAUAACUUCACCAUGCUCAAAGGCAUAUUCAAUGUCUGUUUUUUGUAUUUUUACCUAUCUACUAAUAGGUGCACUUUGCGAGGCGUUGAAAAACCUCCCUUGUCUUUGUGGUUGAAUCUGUGUUUGAAAUUCACUGCUCGACUGCGGAACCUUACAGAUAUUUGUAUGUGUGGGGUACAGAGAUGAGGUAGUCAUUCAAAAAUCAUGUUAAACACUAUUAUUGCACAAAGAUUGAGUCCAUGCAACUUAUUAUGUGAAUUGUUAAGCAAAGUAUUACUCCUGAACUUAUUAGGCUUGCCAUAACACAGGAGUUGAAAACGUAUUGACUCAUUUUUAGUUCAUUUGUAAAAAUAUAAAAAACAUAAUUCCACUUUGACAUGAUAGGGUAUUGUGUGCAGGCCAGUGAAAAAACAUCUCAAUUUAAUAUUUUUUAAAUUCAGGCUGUAACACAACAAAUAAAUCAAGGGGGUGUGAAUACUUUCUGAAGGCACUGUAUAUGCACUCAAAAACACACCCAAAACACUCUCUCUUUCUCUCUGCACUAUCUACACUAGAAGUCCUAAUGCUCAGAAGUCCUGAGGAAUAACUAUGUGCAAUAUCCCCGACCGCAUCGGCGUCCACACAUUAAGUACUCUAUGUGCUUUCUCCAAGCAUAUUACAUAUAGUGGUAGUAAAAUAUUGAUGCUGUGUGGUGUACUGUAUGUUGCUGUAAAAUCGAGUCAGACACACACACACACACACACAGGUGGGACAGGGCAGUGUGGACUGCAAUAGAGAUCGCAUCAUCUGUAGAUCUGUUGGGGUGGUAUGCAAAUUGUAGUGGGUCUAGGGUUUCUGGGAUGAUGGUGUUGAUAUGAGCCAUGACCAGCCUUUCAAAGCCUUUCAUGGGUACAGAUGAGUGCAACGGGGUGGUAGUCAUUUAGACAGAUUACCUUGGCGUUCUUAGGCACAGGGACUAUGAUGGUUUGCUUGAAGCAUGCAGGUAUUAGAGACUGGGUCAGAAAGAGGUUGAAAAUGUCAGUGAAGACACUUGCCAGUUAGUGAACGCAUGCUCUGAGUACGCGUCCUGGUAAUCCGUCUGGCCCUGCGGCCUUGUUUAAAGGUCUUACUCACAUCGGCUACGGAGAGAUUAUCAUACAGUUGUCCGGAACAGCUGGUGCUCUCAUGCAUGGUUCAGUGUUGCUUGCUUCGACGUGAGCAUAGAAGGCAUUUAGCUCAUCUGGUAGGCUUGCAUCACUGGGCAGCUCUCAGCUAGGUUUCCCUUUGUAAUCCAUGAUAGUUUGCAUGCCCUGCCACAUCCGACGAGCGUCAGAGCCGGCGUAGUAUGAUUCGAUCUUAGUCCUGUAUUGACGCUUUGCCUGUUUGAUGGUUCAUCAGAGGGCGUUGCGGGAUUUCUCAGAAGCAUUAGUGCCCUGCUCCUUGAAAGCGGCAGCUCUAGCCUUUAGGGGACAAUGUCGUCAAUGGACUUAUUAAUGAAGCCGGUGACUGAUGUGGUAAACUCCUCAAUGCCAUCGGAUUAAACGGCGGAACAUAUUCCAGUCUGUACAAGCGAAACAGUCCUUUAGCUUAGCAUCCGCUUCAUCGCACCACUUUCGAAUUGAGCAUGCCACUGGUACUUCCUGUUUGAGUUUUUGCUUGUAAGCUGGAAUCAGGAGGAUAAAGUUAUGGUCCGAUUUGCCAAAUGGAGGGUGCGGGAGAGCUUUGUAUGCAUCUCUGUGUGUGGAGUAAAGGUGAUCUUGAGUUUUUAUCCCUCUAGUUGCACAUGUGACAUGGUGGUAGAAAUGAGAUAAAACAGAUUUCAGUUUUCCUGCAUUAAAAUCACAGGCCACUAGGAGUGCCUCCUCUGGAUGAUCAUUUUCUUGUUGGCUUAUGGCUCUAUACAGCUCGUUGAGUGCGGUCUUAGUGCCUGCAUCGGUUUGUGGUAGUAAAUAGACAGCUACUAAAAAAUUUAGAUGAAAACUAUCUUGGUAAAUAGUGUGGUCUACAGCUUAUCAUGAGGUAUUCUAACUCAGGCGAGCAGAACCUCGAGGCUUCCUUAAUAUUAGAGAUCGUGCACCAGCUGUUGUUAAUGAAGAGAGACACACCACCACCACUGAUCUUACCGGAUUCUACCAUUCUGUCCUGUCGAUGCAUAGAAAAACCAGCUCAAUUUACAUUAUCCAUGUCCUUGUUCAGCCAUGACUCCGAGAAGCAUAGUAUAUUACAGAUCUUAAUGUCCCUUUGAUAGGAUAGUCUCGAAUGGAGCUCGUCCUGUGUAUUCUCCAGCGAUUACACAUUCACUGUGAGUCUUUCUGGGUAAGUUUCUAAGAGCUUUCCACACCUGGAUUGUGCAACAUUUGCCCAGUUUAGAUUUGGCCUUGUGUUUUAGGUUAUUGUCCUGCUGAAAGGUGAAUUAAUCUCUCAGUGUCUGAUGGAAAGCAGACGGAUCCAGGUUUUCCUCUAGGAUUUUGCCUGUGCUUAUUAGCUCCAUUCUGUUUAUUUUUUAUCCUGAAAACUCCCCAGUCCUUAACGAUUACAAGUAUACCCAUAACAUGAUGCAGCCACCAUUAUGCUUGAAAAUAUGAAGAGUGCCCCAAACAUAAUGCUUUGUAUUCAGGACAAAAUGUUCAUUGCUUUGCCACAUUUUUUGCACUAUUAGUUUAGUGCCUUGUUGCAAACAGGAUGCAUGUUUUGGAAUAUUUAUAUUCUGUACAGGCUUCCUUCUUUCAUUCUGUUAAUUAGGUUAAUAUUGUGGAGUAACUACAAUGUUGUUGAUCCAUCCUCAGUUUUCUCCUAUCACAUUAAACUCUGUAACUGUUUUAAAGUCACCAUUGGCCUCAUGGUAAAAUCCCUGAGCGGUGUCCUUCCUCUCCGGCAACUGUUAGGAUGGACGGACGCCUGUAUCUUUGUAGUGACUGGGUGUAUUGAUACACCAUCCAAAGUGUAAUUAAUAACUUCAUCAUGCUGAAAGGGAUAUUCAAUGUCUGCUUUUUUUACCCAUCUACCAAUAGGUGACCUUCUUUGUGAGGCAUUCAAAAAACCUCCCUAGUCUUUGUGGUUGAAUGUGUGUCUGAAAUUCACAAAAUAGGACAAUUGUUCUGGAACCCGUUAAACGGCCACCAUUCCCUGCGUCGCCAUUCUCAUGGAUCGUGUUAAGGGCUGUGGUUGUCUCUGUAUGCAUCCCAAAUGCACCCUAUUCCCUAUAUAGUGCACUACUUUUACCAGAGCCCUAUGAUAGUGUAAUACAUAGGGAAGUAAUGUAAUACAUAGGGAAUAGGGUCAAAAGUAGUGCAUGUUUUCUGUUCAGUGGAAUAGGGUGCCAUUUGAGACAAACCCAGAGUCAGAGACAGUGUUUGUCUGUGUGUUUGUAUUGAUGUAUUGACUGACCCAGACACUGUGUGUCUUGGCUCCACAGGGGAAGUCCUAUGCGUUUGACCGGGUGUUCCCCACCAACACAACACAGGAACAGGUGUACAACACCUGCGCCAAGCAGAUAGUCAAAGGUGAGUGCCAGCCUCAUCUAUCUCUGUAUCUCUAUCUCGCGAGCGCUAGCGGCUCGCUCCUCUAGAUAUCGAGAUAUAUAGCUCUCUCUCUCGGAUCUCUCUCUAUAUCUCGAGAUAGAUCUAUCUACUAUCUCUCUCUCGCUCUCUCUCUCUCUCUCUCUCUCUCUCUCUCUCUCCUCUCUCGUCGUCUCUCUCAUACUUCUAUCUAUGUACAACACCUGUGCCAAGCCUAUAGUCAAAGGUGAGUGCCAGCCUUCCCUGUCUUGCGUCUAGUCAGCAUACACACCCCAGAGCAGACCGUAGCUGAUAGAACAACUGAUAGCUGAUAGACCAUUCAUUGCAUGUACUUUUCUGUUUCUGAAGUUUAAAUACAGUAUUAGUUAGGGCUUGAUGAAAAUAAAUUCAAAUAACAAUAAUGUACAAGCUUAUCUUGAAUUAGAUAUCAAGGCUAGAAAAUGAGAGUUCUAUUAUCUUGCACCCUCCUCCUCGCACACUCUCUCUCUCUCUCUCUCUCUCACUCUCUCUGUCUGUCUGUAUCUCUCUCUCUCCCCUCUCUUUCAUCUUGCUAUCCAGCCUUCCCUCUCCUUUCCCACAUUCAAAUCUGCAGAUUGCAGAUUUCCAUCCUGUUGUCUAACAUGACAAACGAGUGCUAUGCUGUCUAUCUGUGAUUGGGCCUGGGACAGAUAGAUUAAUGGAAGGGAAAGAACAGCACAGUCAGAAGAAAGAGAAGUAGAGAAAGCCACAGCCAGAGCGUAGCAUAGGACAUCAAAGGUAGCAAUAAAGAAGAGUGGGGAAGAACAAGAAGAAAGGAUGAGAGGAAAGGAAAAGAAGAAGAGAGGUGUGAAACAUACGGUAGACAAGGUAUAAAAGGAGAACAGGAAGAAAGGAAGAAAGAAAAGGAAGGGAGAACAGAGAGAAAUACAUGCCAUAGAGCUGAUCUAACUCAGUUUGUCUGCAGUACAGAGAUACUUGGACCUCUCCUCUCCUCUCUCUCUCUCUCAAUGCAUGCUGGGAGUUUUUGGGGGAGUUUGAGAGGUCGUGUGGAGGUCUCUGUCCUAACUUAUUUUGUUGUGUCUUUCCUUGUUCUUUCCUUUACAUUUGUAUUUUAUAUGGUGGAGGGUUAAUGCACUGUUUGUUUUAGCAGUACCCACUGUUUUUAUUUCAAUGUUAGGGAGGAAGAGGAAGGAGUUUUAGUUUCCUGGGGUUUGAGCGGUGUGGUGUGCGUGAUGGCUUCACAGCCUAGCGCGGAGGAGACGCUGUCGUUAUGGCAUGGAUUCAGGUGUGUUCCUGAGAAUGGAAUAAAGGUGGAGGAGGCUCUGCUCGCGGUCAGCGAACAGGUAGGAGCUGAAUUUAUACAUUCCGCAUCAAGAAUGAACAAAGCUGUGGUUAUGUUCAUGAAAAGAGCAAAUUUGGUGGGUAGGCUCAUUGCUAGUGGAAUAUUUCGAAGGGGUGUGUUGGUAGCCGAUUUCCCCACUUCGACUAGGGUGGUAGUUGCAAAUUUGCCUCCGUUUAUUACGGAUGAUCAAAUCAGGAAAGAGCUGAGUCGUUUUGGUAAGUUUGCUAGCGGUUUCUGUGUACUGUCAGCAGGUUUUCAGGCAGAUGCCGUUAAGCGUGUUGUUUUGUUCCGGAGGCAAGUGUUCAUGUUUCUGAACAACAAUGAGCAACAGUUAAAUGUGCAUUUUAAAGUGAGGCAUGGGGAGGGUCUCUAUGCAGGGUUUGCCAGCACAGAUAGUCUGUGGUGCUUUGAGUGUGGGGAUUUGGGGCAUAAGAGCUUUGCGUGCCCACAUAAAGGCCGUAGACAAGGUGAGGGUACAAGCACCAGUGGGGGAAAUCGAGGUCAACGUGCAGGAGGCAAUGAGAUGCAGGCAGCAGUGGCUGGGCCUAGUCAUGCUAUAGAUGGUGGUGUAGAUGAGGCUGGGUCUAGUCAUGCUAUAGAUGGUGGUGUAGAUGAGGCUGGGACUACUCAUGCUAUGGAUGGUGGUGUAGAUGAGGCUGGGCCUAGUCAUGCUAGAGGUGGUGUUGUAGAUGAGGCUGGGUCUAGUUUAUGCUAUAGAUGGUGGUGUAGAUGAGGCUGGGCCUAGUCAUGCUAGAGAUGGUGGUGUAGAUGAGGCUGGGUCUAGUCAUGCUAUAGAUGGUGGUGUAGAUGAGGCUGGGUCUAGUCAUGCUAUGGAUGGUGGUGUAGAUGAGGCUGGGCCUAGUCAUGCUAGAGGUGGUGUUGUAGAUGAGGCUGGGUCUAGUUUAUGCUAUAGAUGGUGGUGUAGAUGAGGCUGGGCCUAGUCAUGCUAGAGAUGGUGGUGUAGAUGAGGCUGGGUCUAGUCAUGCUAUAGAUGGUGGUGUAGCUGAGGCUGGGUCUAGUCAUGCUAUAGAUGGUGGUGUAGCUGAGGCUGGGUCUAGUCAUGUUAUGGAUGGUGGUGUUGCUGAGACUGGGUCUAGUGCUAGUGGGGAAGGGUAAUCGACUGGGGGGGGGGGGGGGGGAGGAUGGAGUCAGGCGGAAGAGGAAAAAGGGGGACAAGAAAGGAGGUGGGAGGGGAGAGUCUGGUGUGGUAAAAGGCACCAAGGAACCUUUGCCUAGUGCUGGGGGAGGCCCCGACUAGAGAGAAAGGGCAGUUGGUCAGGAUGGGAGAUGGAGAUGAUGAGGAGGAAGGUGAGUCUGAGGAAGAGGACGAUGAGGAGGCUUUCUUUUAAGACUCCUCCUCAAUGGGUCCAGAGCUGACAGCCAGUCAGACAGAGGGGUCAAAGUACACGGUGAGGGAAUUGUCAAGGUUCCUGAAUGAGACUAAAGGGAAAAAAAGGGUUAAUCUUGAAGCUUUUUUUUGCGAUCUGGGAAAGUUUGUACGAUCAGUACAACACGCCAUGAAAAAUGAGGGGCAUGGUUUCCUCUCACCCAGGAAACGUUUCAGGUUGAGGAAGUGGGUCACAACCGUACAUAAGGGUCUACCUUCAGAUGCUGUUUAGAUGAAUAGUUUUUUUCUGGCACUGGGGCUUUUUGAGCUUUGCUAUUGGUCUCUUUCUUUGCUGGCUUUUCUCCCACUUCUUAUGGAGACUCUUCGGGUAGGCUUGCUUAAUAUAAAUGGCGCCAGAGAUGCGGGAAAGAGGAGUCUGUUGGGUGAAUAUUUAAAACAAAAAAAGUACAGGUGUUGUUUCUGCAGGAGCGCAUAGUGAUGUGGUGAAUGAAGUUGAUUGGGGGCUCUGGUGGAAAGGGGCAAGUGUGCUGAGCCAUGGAACAAAUGUUAGUGCAGGGGUGGCAGUCGUUUUUGCACCGGGUCUGGUCGUAAAAAUGUGCUCCUCAAAGGAGGUGUGUAGGGGUAGACUGCUUGUAGUAAAAGCAGAAAUUAACAACAGGGGUUUUGUCCUUAUAAAUGUGUAUGCGCCUAACACAGGGAGAGAGAGGGGGCGUCUGUUUGGGUGUCUUAGACAGGAACUCUCACAGGUAGCGCUUGAGGAGACGCUGGUAGUCAGCGGGGACUGGAACUGUACGAUGGAUUUUACGAAAUACAGAAAUGGGGAGGAGCCUCAUUCAAGCUCAGUAGGGGUGUUAAGGGACAUCAUUAAUCAGUUUGACCUAGUGGAUGUUUGGCAGGCAUCCUAUUGGAAGUUUCAUGUAAAGCUCUUACAAGAUGCCAUUUUUUGCUCAGGUUUCCAGACUUUUUGGGAAAGGUGGGGGCAGCGAAGAGAGGAGUAUGAGUCUCUGAGUCAUUGGUGGGAUGUGGGAAAAGUCCAAAUUCGGCUUUUCUGUCAACAGUAUGCAGCUCUCUCAUCCUCAGAGGCUAGGAGAGUAUUGGGGGAACUUGAGCGUAGUAUCAGUUAUUGGAGGUAGAGCUGGUGGGGCAAGUCAAUGUAGGCCACCAGGCUAAUUUAGCUGAAUUACGUAGGGACCUGGUCAGUUUUUUAUUUUGCGUGUUGCGUGAGUGCGUCGGGGUAGGAGAGUUGCCGAAGAGCUGCCGUCGGGCAACUCUGACUCUCCUGCCCAAAAAAUGGGACUUAAGAACUGGAAGCCUGUGGCAUUGCUGUGUGCGGACUACAAGAUAUUUGCCAUGGUCCUCGCUAACAGACUGAAGUCCCAUCUGGACUCUAUAGUACACAAGGACCAGACAUAUUGUGUAACGGGAUGCUCAAUCACGGACAACUUGUUCUUAAUCAGGGACAUGUUGGACUUGUCAAGAUGUUCUAAUGUGAACUUUGGACUGGUCUCUUUAGAUCAAAAGAAGGCUUUUUGGACCAUGAGUAUCUGUUUAAUGUGAUGUCUGCGUUUCGGUUUGGGGAAAGUUUUUUGGCCUGUGUGAAGAUGUUGUAUGCUGGGGCGUCAUGUAUGGUUAAGGUGGGAGGGGGGCUCAGUAGGCCAGUCUGGGUGAGGCGGGGCAUUAGACAAGGAUGCCGUCUAUCGGGGCAGUUUUAUACACUAGCCAUUGAGCCUUUUUUGGGAGAAUGCAGGGAGUGUGCUGGACAGGCAUGGGUGUGUUGACAGGCAUAGCAGUGUCGGCGUAUGCAGAUUAAGUUUCUGUGAUGGUCAGGGAUGGGCAGGAUAUGCAGGCACUAGAGACUAGUCUGAAGGUGUACGAGGGAGUUUCGUCAGCUAAGGUGAACUGGGGCAAGAGCAAAGCUCUGUUAUGUGGGGCAUGGAGGGAUAGGGCCCCCCCUCUGCUUCCAGGGGGUUUGCAGUGGGGUUGUGAAGGGCUUAACAUUUUGGGGGUGUACCUGGGCUUGGAGAGGUGGGUCAGGAAGAACUGGGAGGGGAUGUCACAGGCAGUGGUGUCAAGACUGGCCAGGUGGAGGUGGCUCCUGUCCCAAGUGUCAUAUAGAGGGAGGGUGCUGAUAUUUAACAACCUGGUGGCAUCUUCCCUGUGGCAUAAACUGGCUGUCCUCAACCCCCCCGCCGGUCUGCUCGCAGACCUGCAACAUAAGCUCGUGGAUUGUUUUCUGUUCGGGCCAUCACUGGCUGAGGGCAGCAGUGUUGUAUAUGUCCGUAAACGAAGGAGGACAGGGUCUGGUAGAACUGGAGAGCAGGGUGGCUGCAUUCCGACUUAAGACGGCGCAGAGACUGCUGUACCAUACUGAUGUCGACUGGCGGGUUAGGGUUGGACUGGCAGCUAUUCCUCAUGAGGCUGGAGGGGCUGAGUACAGCAGGUCUCUCUGAUUUUUACUAUGCGGUGCUGAGGGCCUGGCAGCUGCUAAGGUCCACAAGAGAAGGGGGUGUGGAGCCUGGGCUGUGGGUGUUGGAGAAGCCUACCACCUAGCCAUCCUUUUGAGAUCGGUUCAGUCGGCCACCCUGCAGAGGUGACUGAUGGCAGCGGGUUUACUAAGGCUGGGUGACCUGCGACUGCUGGGAAUGGAGGGGUGGAAAACCCCGGAAGUCCUAGCACAACAAACAGGACCAACAUCUCUUAGGCUGCUAGAGAGAUUCCUGGGGGAAGUCCAGGAGGCACUGUCUGAGCCGGUAAGGGGGGUGUUUGAGCGGCCAAAGGGGGAGGGGCCACCAAUGUUUCCGCCACUGCGGGUGACGGCAGAGACUGGGGACUGGCAAGGGGGUCUGGAAGAAUUGUUAGAUUUUAACACUCUGAGCCUGGGGGAGUUUGAGGGGGUGGGAGGUAAAGCCCUCUACAACCUCUGUAUUAAGGUAAGGAACAUUAGGAGCCUAACAGGAGUGAAGGCACAUCAGUGGCAGGGGGCAUGUGGGGCGGAGAGUAUGGUGGGUUUUAGAUGGAGGGGGCUCUACAAACUCCCAGUACCAAAGAGGUCAGGGGACCUCCAGUGGAGGGUUUUACAUGGAGCCCUGGCCACCAACAGCUGGUUGGCACGGGUUGAACUGGGAGUCAGACAGGGGUGUCCUUUCUGUGUCAUGAGUGAAACUGUGAUUCAUGGGUUUUCUGUGUGCGCCAGGCUCAGUCAAAGUUAGCUAUUUGGAUAACAAGGAGGAACAGGGUCAAAGGUGGAGGGAUAACAGACCCUUUACUAUUAUUUAAUGAGAUGGUCUCUGCGCGCCUUAGGGUGGAAUUUGAGUUAUAUAAAAUGAUAAAAAGUGUGGAGAUGUUUCAAGAGAUAUGGUGUGUUGGGGGGGGGGCUGUCUGUAUAGCUGGGGAAGAUGGUCUGGAUAUACGGUUGUAGAGGUGGUGAGGUUUGGGUUAUUGUGAUGUGUGGUGUUGUUUUUGUAUCGUGGGGUAGAGGAAAAGGUGAGUAUGCAGUACAAGGGAUAUUGGUAAUUUGUUUAUUUUAUUUUAGGGGGAGGGGGGUGGGGUGAGGUUUUAAUGAAAUGAGGAUGUACCAUUAAAGAAAGUCAAAAAAAGUAUAUCUCUCUCUCUCUCUCUCUCUCUCUCUCUCUCUCUCUCUCUCUCUCUCUCUCUCUCUCUCUCUCUCUCUCUCUCUCUCUCUCUCUCUCUCUCUCUCUCCCCCAGCUGCACUGGCCUAAUUGUCUGUUUGGCUCUGGCCUCUUAUCUUCCUUCUCUUCCGCUCCUCUCAAAGACCGAUUCCCUGUUUCUUUACUUACUUGUUUAUGUCACGGUUCGGUUCAGCUCGCUCCAACACCAGCAUGAAUAGAAUAGCUUACAGAGAGAGAGACAGAAUUAGAAAGACAGAGAGAGCGGGAAAGCAACAGAAGGAAUGAAAGAUAAAAGGAGUGUGAAAUUAAAUGGUAUAGGAUAAAAGUAGUUAUGGUACCCCACGGCUCCUAGCCUGAAACCCUUCGUACAUUCUUUUCUAAGUUGAUAUGUCUUUUUGCUCAUGUUUGACUUUCUGCCCACUGUCUGACAAGACGGAGGUGGUGCUGCUUGUUAGUGCUUCCUGUAUGAUGUCCUCUGUAGGCGUGUGUGUGUGCGUGUGUGUGUGUGUGGGCGCGUAUGUGUGUGUUGUUCUGUCUGUAGGUGGGCAAUCUUUGGUGGUGCAGAGCGUCUUGUUGCUAUGGGCUGAAUGAGGAGGCUGUUGUGUUCUGUCUAUCAUCCUCUCGCUACUCCUGCCUCCUUCUUCUGCCUCUGUUCUCCUGUAUUCUGCCUCCUGCCUCCUUCUUCUGCCUCUGUUCUCCUGUAUUCUGCCUCCUGUCUCCUUCUUCUGCCUCUGUUCUCCUGUAUCUAACAUCUAUUGUCCUGUGUCCUGGAUCUUUCCUACUUUAUAGAUGUGCUGUUCUGUUGAACAUACUGUAUUCUCCUGUCUCUAGAUGUACUGGGGGGAUACAAUGGCACCAUCUUCGCCUACGGACAGACCGCCUCUGGAAAAACACACACCAUGGAGGUACGUUUUUGUAGACUACAUCACUAAAGAGAUUAGACUUGGCUUGCAUCCCAAAUGACACCCUAUCCCCUAUAAAGUGCACUACUUUUGUCCAGUUUGGGACGUAGACUGGAGUGUUCUUUAAGUAGAGUGAUAUAAACCAGUGAUUCUCAGCUGCUGUCCUCAGGUAGUACCCUGCAGGUUGCACAAUUUUGUUCCAGCCCAGCACAAGCACACCUAAUUGUACUAAUCAAUGGAUUGAUGAUAAGUUGAGUGGUUGAGAAACACUGUGUCACGAGUGUCAGUGUAAUGCGGUGGAUUGAAGUCAGGCGCAGGACACAGAAACUCGUAUGAAACGUACUUUACUGUAUAAGUAAAGAAAACAAUACAGAACACCUCCACACAUGGAGGAACAAACCCGCUCACCAACGACACACGAAACGAAAGGCAAACACGCCCAAAAUACAUUGGGAGCCACUGGGUUAAAUAGGGAAGGAGUAAUCACAUAAUGGGCAACAGGUGUGUAACAAUAGACAACAGGUGCAACAUAGAAACAUAGAACAUAGAUCGGCAGCAGCUAGUAUUCCGGUGACGACGAACGCCGAAGCCUGCCCGAGCAAGGAGGAGGGGCAGCCUCGGCAGAAUCCGUGACACACUGACUGGCCUAAAUAAUUGUACACUCCAGUAGUUGAAGUCCCCUCGCUUUAAAUGAUUUACUGUCCUGUCUCCUCUCCUCUAAAUAUCAUCUGACUCUCUUCCAAGUUAAGUCCCUGUUCCUCCUUCUUUUCCUCCCCCUCUUCUCUUCCUCCUCUCUAACUCCGCCUAGUCUUUUCCUCCCCGUUAACCUCCCCCAAGUAUUUUCCUCUUAUCCUUCCUUCCUCUCCUCUGACUCCCCCUCCUCUUUUCCCCCAUCCCUUCUGUCAUCUUUCAGGGCAAGCUGCAUGACCCUCAUGGGAUGGGGAUCAUCCCCAGAAUUGCAGAGGACAUCUUCAAUCACAUAUUCGCAAUGGAUGAAAACCUUGAGUUCCACAUCAAGGUCUGUACUCUGCUGACAACACUGUCUGUCUGCACCAAUAGUCCCAGAGUCUGGUCAAGUGGUAGUGCAGACGACUCCGGACCACACAUUGCCCCUCUGGGCAUCACAUCACCGCCCUGCCACUUUUAAUUUCAUCUAUCUAGUGGAUGACGACUAUAAAGCCACUGUCUGGUGUCCUAGAUCUGAAUGUCCUUUAGCCAAUUCUUCUGCCUAUUUUUAUCACACCAUAGCAUACAGAUUACUGGACCCGACUACUGCACCAUCUCACCAUUUCUGAGAACUGUGUGAUGUCUGUAUUCCACCAUGACCCUCUGGUCUGUAGUGACAAAAUUUUCUGCACCAGUAGCAUGGUGGUGUCCCAGAUCUCUAUGUCAGUGGUGGUCGGUGUUGUUUAAGAUGAGGGAGCUUGGCCUUACUUCUAUAAAAGCAUAUUGGAUGACUGUCAUUCAUAUUCCAUUCACCCAGUUCAAUGUAUCAUGGAUUGAUUUAGGCUACUACAUGAUACUCUAAUUUUCCCUAUACCGAUCAUGAGGUUGCUACAACCUAUCCUAUGAAUGAAAGUUUACAACGUAGUUGCACACAGGUCGAGAGAAAAAUUUGAGGUUACAAACAGUGGCACAUGGAAUACCGCCUUGCACACUCUUGCCUGCAUCUAGCUGAUCUAUGGUGUAAUCAUUAGUCCAACAGUUGCAAAGGAGAGUUUUUAUUGGACAAAUUCAGGUAUGUUUAUCCCUGUAUCGUUCCAUAUGCUUCCGUUUAAGAAAAGUUUUUCAACAGAAUCGGUGGAAUGAAUACAUCCCUGAUCACACGUAAACACAGUUCACUUUCAUAGCAGCCACGUUGUAUUCCUUCUCGCAUCUACGUGCUCUCCUCCUCUCACCUUUUCCCUUCACUUGUGGACUUCAAUGCACAACACAUCAGCUGUAUGUGACCAGGUGAAAAAACCUUUCCAAGCCAAACCAUAUCAUAGCUGUUACACACAGCCUACAUAGUUGUCACCACAUUAGCUAAAGUAACGUCAUAGUCUACCUAGCUAAUAGAACUAACACGUUAGUAAACCAGUUACAAUCAUGCAGUACAGUGUACAGUAAGUAAGCAGUUUAGCAGUUACGCCGGUGGGCCCCGGUGGCAAUAAAUAAUUAAAACCAAAAGCUUACCUUAACUUGGAAGAGUUCCAGUGUUUCAUAGUCAUAGCCAGCUAGCUAACAUAGCAUCCCUCUGUUUGAGCCGGGCGUUUGAUUAGGCUAAACUAGCUAUCUGCAUUUGCUAGCUAAGUAAGUGAAUGUGAAAGUAAAAUCUCGAAAUAUAGCUCUCUCUCUCUCUUGAUUCUCCUUCAUUUUUAAAUAAAUACAUUUCUUCAAAACUGUUCAACUAUUGUCUUUCUCUCUUUGAGUCAACUACUCACCACAUUUUAUGCACUGCAGUGCUAGCUAGCUGUAGAUGAUGCUUUCAGUACUAGAUUCAUUCUCUGAUCCUUUGAUUGGGUGGACAACAUGUCAGUUCAUGCUGCAAGAGCUCUGAUAGGAGGAAGAUGUCAUAAUUACUAUGUAAGUCUAUGGAAGGGGUUGAGAACCAUGAGCCUCCUAGGUUUUGUAUUGAAGUCAAUGUCCCCAGAGGAGGACAGAAGCUAGCUGUCCUCUGGCUACACCAUGGUGCUACCCUACAUAGUGCUGUUGAGGCUACUGUAGACCUUCAAUGCAAAACAGUGUGAUUUAAUCAAUUAUUUGGUGACGUGAAUAUAGUUUGUAUAGUUUUUAAUGUUUCACUAUUUUUAUUUUGAUGAAAUUCACUGAGGAGGAUGGUCCUCCCCUUCCUCCUCUGAGGAACCUCCACUGCUCUAUGUGCUCAAGAAAACUCCUAUGGUUAUUAUUAGGAGGUGUCCGUCUUCUAGGUCAUCCUUGCCAUAAGAACCACCUCCUCCACAAUCAAGAUAGUGGCACUGGGGAUGAGCACACCCCUUAAAAAUGACCACAAUGUCCACGAUAGUCCGGUUACUCAAGCAGUUGGAUAAACUAAAACACACUUCGGUACUAGACUACCACACCAGCUUACCAUAUCUGAGAACUGUGUGAUGUCUUCCAUCAUGACCCUCUGCUCUGUAGUAACAACAUGUUCUGCAACAGUAGCCAUGGUGGUGUCCCACAUCUCUACAUUCUUUUAAAAAAGGGUUCCGAAAGGGUUCAUAGGAUAACCCUUUUUGUUUCCAGGUAGAGCCCUUUUGGGUUCCAUUUAGAACACUCUGUUGAAAGGGUUCUACAUAGAACCCAAAAGUGUUCUACCUGGAACCAAAAAGGGUUCUACAAAGGGUUAUUUGAUGUGGACAGCCGAAGAACCCUUUUAGGUUCUAGAUAGCACUUUUUUUCUACGAGUUUAUGUGCUCCAGAGAACUCCUCCGGUUAUUAUUGGCAUGCUCCAAUAGUUCAGAGGAGUUAGCUAAAGCACAUCUGGGACCAGACCAGACUACGGAACCAGUGGAGGCUGCUGAGGAAUGGAGUCAAUGGAAUGGUAUCAACCACAAGGAAACCACGUGUGAUACCAUUCCAUUUACUCCAUUCCAGGCAUUAUAAUGAGCCAUCCCCUCAGCAGCUUCCACUGUACAGCAACAUCUAACUCACCAUAAUUGAGUGUGAUGCCUCAAUCCACCGUGGCCCUCUGGAAUAACUGGAGACACUGUGAAUGCGAAUGUGUCUCUACUAUGUCUCUAUGCUCUUCUGGCUAUUUUGUCAAGCAAUAAACAUAGAUCUGGACCAGAUUACUGCACCAGCUUAACAUAACUGAGAACUACUGUGUGAUGUCUGAAUCAAUCAUAGCCAUAGCCCUCUAUAAUCACUGGAGUUACUGUGUCUGGACAAGUAUUGUGGCUAUUCUGGAUAUUAUUGUCCUGCCAUAGCAUACAGAACACUGGACCAGGCUAUUGCACCAUCUCACCAUAACUGAAAACUGUGUCUGAAUCCAUCAUAGCCAUAGCGCUCUAUAAUCACUGGAGUUACUGUGGACGAAUAUGCAUGUUGCAUGAUGUGUAAUCAAACAUCAGUAUCUAGUUAAAGCAGAAACAUCUGUACCAAACCAGUCUACUGCAUAACCUCACCAUGAACUGUGUAUGAUGUCUGUGUUCAUAGUAAUUAUGGAAUGGAUAGAUACAGGAUAUGAAUAAAUCAUGAGUAUCUUUUCGUAUUUGUGCAUUUGCCUAAAUCACAACUAUCUUAUAAUAUCUCAUAACUAAUACCUGGUGUACUCGGCACCCAGAACCAAAUCUCAGUGCUCACAAGAGACUAUACCUAGAAGAAUGCCUGUGAUCCAAGAAUAUCACUUUAACAGAUUUGACAGAUUAGUAUAAUCAGUCCCCUAUCCUCUCAAAGAUUAAUUUCUUUCAAUAUGCUCUCUCCUCUCUUCACCAGGUGUCCUAUUUUGAAAUAUACAUGGACAAAAUCAGAGAUCUUCUGGAUGGUAAGUGUAUUCACAGCAGUAAAAUCACACACACACACAUACUGCGGUUACAUACACACUGCGGUUUUCAAUGUGACUUGUCAUUUCCUCUUAAAUUUAGUAUUUUGUUUGUAUGUGCAACAGUAAAAUGAUACCCUUAUGAUAGUAUAUGUGAGCUUCUAGAGAGGCUGUGGCUAGACUCCCUGUAUGUAGACGGUAGAUGUCUAUCUGAGUAAAUCACACCAGCCAGAGGCAAUUAAUGUGUCCUCAAAAACAUACCUGGUUAAAUAAAGGCAAUAAAUAAAAUAAAAAAUGCCAUUUGGGAUGCAAACUAUAUCACAGCAGCCUAAGGCAUUGACGAGAGAGAGAGAGAGAGAGAGAGAGAGAGAGAGAGAGAGAGAGAGAGAGAGAGAGAGAGGAGAGAGAGAGAGAGAGAGAAACAUCCACACACACCUCUGAGCGUAUCCACAUCCUUGGCAUAAAUCUGAUCUGAUUGGAUAUGACCUCUCACACAAACCUGAAACAUAAAUGUAACUACGUACAUGGCCUUAGUCGCUCCUCUGUCCAGUCCAGGAAGAGACUGUCUGUUUUACCGCUCAUUUCCUGUUAAAAUUAAAUCGGAAUGACAGUCAGGGCCUGAGGACGGCUUGAGUCAGAGCAGCAACAGGCUUGUCAGACUUAGAAACAUUCCAGUCACAAACAAAUGAUUACACACACACCUCUGAGAGUAUCCACAGACUUGACGUAAAUCUGAUCUGAUUGGAUAUGAUCUCCCAUCAAAAACACAAAGUUGAAACAUAAAGCAACUGUUGCGUCUGUGUUUGUAAAGUGUCUGUGAAAUACACUUCAAAUAAGUUUUGAUUUGAUUACAGUGUUUUGGGCCUUUGGGAAAAUAUGAAAGUAAAGUCUCUUAACUUAGGGGGCUUUCACACCAAAUUGGUUUGGAGCAGUUUUUCUGAACUAUUAUUGGUUGUUUGACUGCGAUCACACAGUACCAUAACUUGAGAUCUCUGAAACAUUCUGUGAGUAGCAUUUAUGAGCACAUCCGAUGCAGAUGAGGGGACACAGGGGCUAUACCAGGGAUGUAUGCUACUGAAUAUAGCCUAUUCACGUCGCAGUUAGAGCGGCUAUUGCAUGUUGUUGGAAGACCAAAGUAAUAUGACGUUUGGGAGACACAAGUUAUGCUUCUCAUUGAUGGAUUUAACGUGAGUGUUUUUCUUCAAUAAACAAAUGACUUCCAUGAACACGUGGUUUUGUUUAGGCAUUUUAGUUUGUUUGACAUUUGUCAAUGUGAAACCAACCGGACCAAAUGAAAAAAAAUACAAUGUAACAAAUAAUCGAACUCUGAAUCGAACUAUAGCUCAGAACUAUGUGUGCCAACGCCCUAAGUAACAGUUGUUCCUGUCCAGUUCCAGUGACUGUACUUGCAGAGUAAUAAUGACAUCUCUCUUCUUCUGCCCCCGUCUCAAUCAGUGACGAAGACCAAUCUGGCAGUGCAUGAGGACAAGAACAAGGUUCCAUAUGUGAAGGUGAGUCAGACUGCUGAUGGGAUACUAACUAACUGGCCAUCUGUAAUCUGUGGGUCUCAUCUGUGAUGGGCUUUACAUAAGGCCCAAGUGUCAUCUUCAUAAGGAUAACGUUAUUACGUCAGGAAACCAUUCUAACUAAUUAAUGUUUUCAAAUUUCUUGUUUUAUUGUCACCUGCACAAGUACAGUGAAAUGGCUUUCUUGCAAGCUCUUUCCCAACAAUACAAUAAUCAAUAUCCGUAGAACAACAAGAAAAGUAGAACAAAAACACACAAGAAAUAGAAAUAAGAACAAAAGAAAGUAAGUAAUAUAUCUAUAUAUAUAUAUACAGUACAGUACAGGGUCAGUUCCAGGGUCAGUGCCAAUACCAUAUUUAUAAUGUGCAGGGAUACUGGAGUGGUAGGGGUAGAUAUGUGUAGGGGUAAGGUGACUAGGCAUCAGGAAAUAUGAUAAACGGAGUAGCAGCAGAGUAUAUGAUGAUUGUAUGUGAGUCAGUAUGAAUGUGUGUACGUGUUAUGUGUGUGUGAGCCACUGAAGUGUGUGUGUGUGUGUGUGUGUGUGAGAGUGUGUAGAGUCCUGUGAGUGUGCAUAGUCAGUGCAACAAAAAAAAGUAAAAAAGGGUCAAUGCAGAUAGUCUUCGUAGGCACUUUGUUAGCAAUUUAGCAGUCUAAUGGCUUGAGGAUAGAAGCUGUACAGGAGCCUCUUGGUGUCAGACUUGUUGCCUCAGACUUCUAGAGGGGGAAGAGCCGCUGUCGCGUGUGUUUGGUCCAUUUUAAGUCCUUAGUGAUUUGGAAACCAUCGAUGUGGAAACCCCCCCCCCCCCCCCCCCCCCCGUUUCCUGUAGUCCACGAUCAGCUCCUUGGUCUUACUGACAUUAAGGGAGAGGUUGUUGUCAUGGCACCACACUGCCAGGUCACUGACCUCUUCCCUGUAGGCUGUCUCCUCGUCGCCGGUGAUCAGGCCUACCACCGUCGUGUCGUCAGCAAACUUGAUGAUGGUGUUGAAGUCGUGCGUGGCCACGCAGUCAUGGGUGAACAUGGAGUAUAGGAGGGGACUAAGCACACACCCCUGUGGGGCCCCCAUGUUGAUGGUCAGCGGAGGUGAUAUUGUCUACCCUCACUACCUGUGGUCGGCCCGUCAGGAAUUCCAGGAUCCCGUUGCAGAGGGAGGUGUUCAGUCCCAGGGUCCCAAAGCUUGGUGACAAGCUUGGAGGGGACUAUGGUGUUGAACGAUGAGCUGUAGUCAAUGAACAGCAUUCUCACAGACAGUGCAUUCGGAAAGUAUUCAGACCCCUUGACUUUUUCCACAUUUUGUUACGUUACAGCCUUAUUCUAAUUUUAUUUUUUAUUUUUAUGUCUCUCAUCAAUCUACACACAAUACCCCAUAAUGUCAAAGCAAAAACUGGUUUUUAGAAAUGUUUGUACAUUUAUUUGUAAAAGCACACGGAAAUAUUACAUUUACAGAAGUAUCCAGAGCCUUUACUCAGUACUUUGUUGAAGCACCUUUGGCAGCGAUUACAGCCUCGAGUCUUCUUGAGUACGACGCUACAAUCUUGGCACACCUGUAUUUCGGGAGUUCCUCCCAUUCUUCUCUGCAUAUCCUCUCAAGCUCUGUCAGGUUGGAUGGGGAGCGUCGCUGCACAGCUAUUUUCAGGUCUUUCCAGAGAUGUUCGAUCGGGUUCAAGUCCGGGCUCUGGCUAAGCCACUCAAGGACAUUCAGAGACUUGUUCCGAAGCCACUCCUGAAUUGUUUUGGCUCUGUGCUUAGGGUUGUUGUCCUGUUGGAAGGUGAACCUUCGCCCCAGUCUGAGGUAUUCAAAGGUCUGGAGUGUCACGUUCGUCGGGAACAGAGGACCAAUGCGCAGCGUUGAAUGCAAACAUAUUUAUUAAAUCUGAAAGAUAACACGAACAAAAGAACAAAACGAUAACGUGACGUCCUUAGCUCAAACACAACCUACUAGGAACACGGAACAAGAUCCCACAAACACUGAGGGAAAACAGACUGUUUAAAUAUGGUUCCCAAUCAGAGACAACCAGCAACAGCUGACACUCGUUGCCUCUGAUUGGGAACCACUCUGGCCAACAUAGAAAUACAAGACCUAGAAUGUAAAACAAAGAGCACAACACAUAGACUCUACACACCCUGGCUCAACAUAAAAGAGUCCCUAGAGCCAGGGCGUGACAUGGAGCAGGUUUUCAUCAAGGAUCGCUCUGUUCUUUGUUCCAUUCAUCUUUUCCUCGAUUUUGACUAGUCUCCCAGUCCCUGCCACUGAAAACAUCCCUACAGCAUGAUGCUGCCACCACCAUGAUUCACUGUAGGGAUGGUGCCAGGUUUCCUCUAGACGUGAUGCUUGGCAUUCAGGCCAAAGAGUUCAAUCUUGGUUUCAUCAGACCAGAGAAUCUUGUUUCUCAUCGCCUGACAGUCCUUUAGGUGCCUUUUGGCAAACUCCAAGCGGGCUGUCAUGUGCCUUUUACUGAGGAGUGGCUUCCGUCUGGCCACUUUACCAUAAAGACCUGAUUGGUGGAGUGCUGCAGAGAUGGUUGUCCUUCUGGAAGGUUCUCCCAUCUCCACAGAGGAACUCUGGAGCUCUGUCAGAGUGACCAUCGGGUUCUUGGUCACCUCCUUGACCAAGGCCCUCCUCCCCCGAUUACUCAGUUUGGCCGGGCGGCCAGCUCUAGGAAGAGUCUUGGUGGUUCCAAACUUCUUCCAUUUAAGAAUGAUGGAGGCCACUGUGUUCUUGGGGACCUUCAAUGCUGAAUAACUUUUUUGGUACCCUUCCCCAGAUAUGUGCCUCGACACAAUCCUGUCUCGGAGCUCUACGGACAAUUCCUUCGACCUCAUGGCUUGGUUUUUGCUCUGACAUGCACUGUCAACUGGGGGACCUUAUAUAGACAGGUGUGUGCCUUUCCAAAUCAUGUCCAAUCAAUUGAAUUUACCACAGGUGGACUCCAAUCAAGUUGUAGAAACAUCUCAAGGAUGAUCAAUGGAAACAGGAUGCACCUGAACUCCAUUUUGAGUCUCAUAGCAAAGGGUCUGAAUACUUAUGUAAAUAAGAUAUUUCUGUUUUUGUAUUUUUUAUACAUUUGCAAAAAAAUUGACAAACCUGUUUUUGCUUUGUCAUUGUGGGGUAUUGUGUGUAGAUUGAUGAGGAGUUUUUUUUAUUUCAUCAAUUUUAGAAUAGGGCUGUAACGUAACAAAAUGUGGAACAAGGGAAGGGUUCUGAAAACUUUCCGAAUGCACUGUAGGUAUUCCUCUUAUCUAGGUGGGUGAGGGCAGUCUGGAGUGCAAUCGAGAUUGCUUCGUCUAUGGAUCUGUUGGGGCGGUAUGCAAAUUGGAGUGAGUCUAGGGUGUCUGGGAUGAUGGAGUUGAUGUGUGCCAUAACUAGCCUUUCAAAGCAGUUCAUGGUUACAGAUGUGAGUGCUACAGGGCGGUAGUCAUUGUAGCAGGUAGCCUUAGAGUUCUUGGGAACAGGAAUGAAUUCGAACAAUUCUAAUGUUUUUUUGUUGAAUCUCAGGGCUGCACUGAGCGCUUUGUCUCCAGCCCAGAGGAGGUGAUGGAUGUUAUCGAUGAGGGAAAAGCCAACCGCCAUGUUGCUGUCACCAGUAAGUCCCAAUGACACUCUGACACUGACACUUUUAACAUUAUCUGUAGAGUCUGUAUGUAGCGGCACGUCUGUCACUCUGCCACUUAGUACAAUGUAUAGUGUGAAGUGUAAAGUCACAUCUGUAGAGUUACUCUGUAGAAUCUUAAAUCGUGUCUGUGGUGUCUAUCACAGUGUUUUGCUAUAUGUUUUUCUAUCUCUGUGUCCUCCACUCACACAAACACCUCUUCCCUCCUCACAUCAUAUCACCUCUCAUUUCCUUCCCUUCUCCAGAUAUGAAUGAGCACAGCUCCAGAAGUCACAGUAUCUUCCUGAUCAACAUCAAGCAGGAGCACGUGGAGACAGAACAGAAACUCUGUGGGAAGCUCUACCUGGUGGACCUGGCUGGGAGUGAGAAGGUGAGGAGGUUCAGGACUACUGUAGUUAAUGGUAACAAAGCGUCUUUAUUGCAUCCCAAUAGACUUAGUACGGUUCCCCAGCCACAGAAUAAGCUAUUUCAAUAAAGAAUUUCCAUUUAGCAUGCUGCUUAGUUCAGGACUGGGCUUCAUCUUUGUCAGAGAAAUUGGCCUUUAGUGAUUGAAUUAUAUACCUGGCUGAUAGUGAGAAGGUGAGGUGAAGACCUAGUCUAGUUACCUAGGGUAACUAAUGAAGCAUCUUUAUUACAUCCCAAGAGAGAUGUGUUCUUUCUCUCGUUCAUCCAGCUGUUAUAUUUUCCUUCCAUCCAUCUCAGUCACAGACAGAUCAGUACAACUGGUCUGCUAUGUUAAAAUGGGUUUCUUUCUACUCUGUAUAGCAUUUUUUUUACAUUUUUUUUUUUUUUGUCAUUUAGCAGACGCUCUUAUCCAGAGCGACUUACAGUUAGUGAAUACAUAUUUUUUUAUACUGGCCCCCCGUGGGAAUCGAACCCACAACCCUGGCGUUGCAAACGCCAUGCUCUAUCAACUGAGCUACAUCCCUGCCAGCCAUUCCCUCCCCUACCCUGGACGACGCUGGGCCAAUUGUGCGCCGCCCAUGAGUCUCCCGGUCGCGGCCGGCUGCGACAGAGCCUGGAUUCGAACCAGGAUCUCUAGUGGCACAGUUAGCACGGCGAUGCAGUGCCUUAGACCACUCGGGAGACGUAUUGGCCACAGUUAGCAAUGUAAUGUACACCUAUGUGCAUUGGGACCAGUGCUCUUGCUGCUGACUACAGCAGAAAAGAGUAGAUUCUGCACACAGCGCUGAAUUUAGUCCUCAGUGUGUUUAUUAGCGUUGUAUCGACCUUCAGCUCUCAGGUCUCCAGUAGUAGGUCAUGGGUGAACAAGCAAGGGCCCCAGGACGAGUGGAAGCAAAAUCGCACCAUAACAUCAAAGAUCCACCACCAUAUUUUACCGUAGGUGCAUGUAUGAGGUACUGUUCUGCAUAUGCUUGUUUUCAAUGCCAAACCCACCACUGGUGUGUGUGGCCAACGAGCUCUAUUUUCAUGUCAUCUGACCAUAGCACCGGUUCCAAUCCAAGUGCCAAUGCUGUUUAUCAAACUCCAGGCGGUGCUAUGGUAAAAUAUUGUGAUGCAUCUUUGAUGUUAUAGGGCUAUUUCGCAUCCACUGGUCAUGUGGCCCUUGUUAUGGUCAACAGUAUCAUUAACUUUACUAAGUACCAGGACAUUUUAGCCAAAAACCUGGUUGCCUCUGCCAGGAGGCUGACACUUGGCCGCAAGCGGAUCUUCCAGCAAGACAAUAACCCCAAGCACUAAUCAAAAUUCAUAAGGAAAUGGUUAAUUGACCAAAAAGUCUACAUUUUGCAAUGGCCAUCUUAGUCUCCGGACUUGAUCCCCCUUGGAAACCUGUGGUUUGAAUUGAAGAGGGCAGUCCAUAACAGCAGACGAAGGAUAUCAAGGAUCUGGAAAGAUUCUGUCUGGAGGAAUGGUCUAAGAUCCCUCCCAACGUGUUCUCCAAUCUCAUAAAACGUUUUUUUAAAGGCUCAGUGACGCUAUCCUCGCAAGGGGAGGGUGCUAGAAUAUUGAAAACAGGGGUGCCAAUAAUUUUUACCCCUAUCUUUUUGAGAUUUUUUUUUCAUACUUGUUAAACUAAAUCUCUUUCUCUGAGCAAUUGUAUUAGUAAAAAAAUAUAUAUAAUUUCCCCCCAGAAUUGAGCAUACAAUGUAACUCAGUAUUUCUAUUAUCUAUUUUUAUUGUCUUUUUUGCUCAUCUUUAUCAAGGGUGGCAAUAAUUAUGGACCUGACUGUACUGUAUAUAUUGAUCGAUCUUUAUUACAUACGGUACCUGUACAACAUGUCUGUGAUGUUUCUGUGCAUAAUCUUUUGUACUGUAUUUGUUUUGUAAUGUCCUUCCUCAGGUCAGUAAGACAGGAGCAGAGGGAUCUGUGCUGGAUGAAGCUAAGAACAUCAACAAGUCUCUGUCUUCUCUAGGAAACGUCAUCUCUGCUCUGGCCGAGGGAACCGUAAGUCUUCCUGUUACAUCCAUAAAUGUUAAUCUUGGUGUUGUGAAAUCAAAUGUAAAUGAAUGGAUUUUCUAAUUAAUAAUAAAAAAUACAAUAAAAACAGGAAACUGGAAUGUGGACACUAUGAUGUAGAAAGUGAUUCUGCAGCUGCGAUUCAUGUAUUUUCUACUCUCCUCACUCCCCCCUGUAGAAGACCCACGUGCCAUACCGUGACAGUAAGAUGACCCGUAUCCUGCAGGACUCUCUAGGGGGGAACUGCAGGACCACC